UCUACUCUCUCUCUCUCUCUCUCUCUGAAUGGUUAACAUUUCAAUCUCAUUAUUACAAAAAUGCCAUCUCGUCCGCCGCUAUCGCCUCUCUCCGCCGCUCACCGCCACCACAACCACCACCACCAAAUAAUCCUCGCCGGAGUCAUCGCAGCGGCGCUUAUCCUCCUUGCCUUGAUAAUCUCGCUAACGAUCUUCCUCUACCGGAAGCUCUCGUACAACCGCACCGCACCCUUCGAGCUCAACCACCGGCGAUUCUCCUACACCGAGCUCCGCCGCGCCACGAACUCGUUCUCCCCGUCGACGAAGCUAGGUCACGGAGGGUUCGGUUCGGUUCACAAGGCGACACUACAAUCCGGAGAGAGCGUGGCACUUAAGGUUAUGGACUCACCGGGCUCGCUUCAAGGAGAGAGAGAGUUUCACAACGAGCUUUCACUCUGUUCGAACAUGCGUUCACCUUUUAUACUCUCGCUAUUGGGGUUUUCAUCGGACCGGACCGGUCGAAAGCUGGUUCUGGUUUACGAGCUCAUGCCGAACCGGAGUCUCCAGGACGCGCUUUUGGACCGGAGGUGCCCUGAGUUGAUGCAAUGGGGAAAACGCUUCGACGUCGCCGUUUCGGUUUCGAAGGGGCUUGAGUAUCUUCAUCACCAGUGUGACCCGCCGGUGAUUCACGGUGACAUAAAGCCGAGUAAUGUUUUGCUGGAUCGGGAUUUCAAGGCGAAGAUUGGGGAUUUUGGUCUUGCGAGGGUGAAGACUGUUGUAGAGGAUUGUGGAAUGGGAAUGGUGGAGGAGAAGAAGAAAGAUGAGGAGGAGAUGGAGGUUGAGGAUUGUGGGAUUGAAGAUCGGGGUUCGGUUUUGGAGGAGGUGGAGAGUGUUGUGACGAAUGGUACUACUGCUGGUUUGUCGCCGGAGAGUUGUACGGUGAGGGUUUUGGAUUCGGAUGCUUCGCCGGAGAUUGGGGUUGGGGCGGUGACGUCGCCGCCGGAGAUGGUUGGGGUUGAUAAAUUGAGUGUUGUGUCUGAUGGGUGUUUUGAUAAGUUGAGUAUUGAUAGUGGGAAUCAUAGGAAGAAGGGUGGUGGUGGUUCUGGGAGGGAUUGGUGGUGGAAGCAAGAGAGUGGUGGAGGGUCUGAAUCUGGGAGGGUGAAGGAUUAUGUGAUGGAGUGGAUUGGGAGUGAGAUAAAGAAGGAGAGACCCAAGAGUGAAUGGGUUGAAUCUUCUUCUUCCCCUGGCUCUGCAAGGAAUAGUGGAGUUGGGGUUGGGGUUGAAGGUGGGACACCACCUAAGGUGGAGGUUGAGCCCAAGAAGAAGCAGAGGAAGAGGUUGGAUUGGUGGGCUUCUCUUGAUGAAGACAAGGUUAAGGUUAAGGUUAAGAAGAAUCGGAAGCCGAGGGAGUGGUGGAAGGAGGAGUUCUGUGAGGAGCUUUCAAAGAAGAGUAAGAAGAAAAAGAGGAGCCUUGAUUGUGGUGGGGAAUCUUGGUGGCAGAAAGAUGAGAUUGUGCGGGAGCAGAAGAAGAAGAGGAAGAGUAAGAGUAGCAGAGGGAGCAUUGAUUGGUGGUUGGAUGGUUUGAGUGGUGAGAUUAGGAAUGGGAAUGGAAGGAGGAAUAGCCAGGAUUGGGUUAAUGGAGAUAGGGAUAUACCCAAGAGUGGUGGAAUCAGCAGCACCCCAAGUAUGAGAGGAACUGUGUGUUACAUUGCUCCUGAGUAUGGUGGUGGUGGCCAGCUAUCUGAGAAGUGUGAUGUGUAUAGUUUUGGGGUUCUGCUUUUGGUUUUGGUUGCUGGUAGAAGACCCCUUCAAGUAACAGCCUCGCCAAUUUCUGAAUUUGAGAGGGCCAAUCUCAUUUCCUGGGCUCGUCAACUUGCUCACAAUGGGAGGCUUUUGGAUCUUGUUGACCCUUCUAUUCAUUCAUUGGAUAAGGAGCAAGCACUGCUCUGCAUCACCAUUGCCUUGUUGUGUUUGCAGAGAUCGCCAGGGAAGAGGCCUUCCAUGAAAGAGAUUGUGGGCAUGCUUUCUGGUGAAGCUGAGCUACCGCACUUGCCCUUUGAGUUCUCACCAUCACCGCCCUCUAAUUUCCUGUUCAAGUCCCGAAAGAAGGCUCGGUGAGUUUUCCUGAGUGAUUGGUUCUUCUUGUCAUUAUCAUUAACAUCUGAGAGUGUAUUGUUGUAGGUCGAUUCUAAUUUUCUUCACCAUUUGUAGAAACUAAUGCAGGAAAAAAAAGUAAAAAAAAUAUUGAGUUACAAGCCUUGCAUAAAUCCAUUUCUUCCCUUUUUGUGCUUUUUUUAGUUUCCCCUUCAUAGGACUGUUUAUUCUGACCUGGUUCUUACUUUUUAAUCUGAAAGAACUUUUUGAGUGCAUGAUUCCAGCACGAAUUACGUGUCUUUGCCACCACAAGUUGUUGAAUUUCAGGAAAUUCCGGGUCUUUUAAAGUUGAGGGAACAUUUCUUUUACUUUUGAAGCUAUUUAGCCCCUCUUUCGACGAAUAUAUUUGGUUAGUGCCUUCUGAUGUAACUGUGAGAAUAAGAUUUUCACGACCUUAGUAGGCUGCAAAGUACCCAAGGAAGAUUUAUCUAUCUAUCUUUUUUUUUUUUUGGUUCUAACUUUUUAAAGUUAUAUUCACAUUGUGCCAUUGUUAGUACUUAGUAGUAUGAGUUUCAGUUGAAGGGAACAACAUAUCUUGGCCUGGCCCCUUUUUUGUCCUUUACAAGUAAUUAUGAUGUUACUGUGAACUAAGUGGAGACUCCACUGUCCCUGGAAAUGAGAGAGGGAUAACAUCAUUUUAUCAUCAGUGCUCGGACCUACGAAGAGCCUUUCACUCAUAAACUUUAACCCCUUGAAACAAAUAUAGAAACACAACUUUUAUACAAAGGCUAUUUGCUAAUUAUCCAUGAAAAACCAAAUCAAAUGAUAAAUUAAGAAUAGCUGGCUCUUUAUUAGAAGCACGCAAUUGCCAUUUUCUUUUUUAAUGUCAAUUUCAGUACGUCCAUAGCAUUUUCUUCCCGUUUCCUUUAUCCUACAUUACAGAUCUACUUGUUGUCUAAAGUUUGGGGAAGGUUUGGAUGUGGUAAUUCUAUUUCUGAAUUGGCUGCUCUCUCUCUCUCUCUCUCUCUCUCUCUCUCUCUCAUACAUUUGGUGACUUGUGAUUUAAGGACUCAGAGUAAGGCAGGAGACUUUCAAAUUCCAAUAAUUUAUUGCUGUACUGUAAUUAGAAAAAAUUGGGGUAGGUUGGGUUUCCUACCGAAAUUAAAUUUAUUUGUGCACUCGCCAUAAUAUGGAAAGAGUGGCUGUCUCUGUGAUUGGUAAUAUCUCAGUUUGUUUAACAGAAAUGCUAGCAAUCUUUUAUUUAUUAUUUUUUUUUUUAAUAUUCUCUAUCAUUUAAAUA